AUGGCCUACGCCGCACAACUUGGAGCCCUCACUGAGGAGCUCAUCGAAGCUGCCACGGGCAUUCCCAGCAAGACACGAACCAGGCGAUACAAAAUCCUUUACGAUGCCACGCUGCAGAAAAUCAAGUCGCAGGCAUACCUCCGCAUCAACCAAUUCGACGUCUGGCACACCCUCGACGGGCUGGAAGAGCGCUUCCGCGUUAACAACCGAGAUGACCUGGCCGACGAGUUCCGCGAUAGCCUGGAUAGGCUGGAAGAACAUGCCACCAGGUGGCACCCAGAGAUAUUGGCUCUGCUUCUAGGAUUAUCCGAUCAACCGACCUUCAAAACAAAGCUUAGUGAUCUAGACGCCGUACGACUGCGUGAGGAGGAGCAGGCAGAAACCUUUAGCUGGGAGGAUGUUGCUCGGGAGGAUGGCUGGGCUGAGGAUGAGAAUCUGUGGCAGUCGAUCGAUUACGGGCGCGAUUCAGAAGACGAAGUUGUCCAAGAAGAGCCGGACGACGAAACCCUCAUCGAGGUGCCGCUAUAUCACCCUUACGACACAGAUCUUAGCCUGCACAAAAAGGGGAGAACCGCCACUGACUGCAUCAUCCAACCAGAGGACACAGAGUUACUAAAGGCUCUUCAGUCGGCACAGAAAUGGCGGACCGAGGUGCCUCAGAAGGACGACAUUGGGACCGUUCAGAAGAUUUCCAUUUCAGAGACGCACAUUGUCAGGGAAAUCCUCUCCAUGCUGCAAGGGUUGAAAACCACCCUUUUCAACGAAAAUACUGGCUUGCCGGAACCAAACUUCCACAUGCAACACGUCGCUUGGGAGACGUACAAGUCUGUGAUACACACCAUUGCAGAGUCCGGCUGGCGCAUCCUACUACUUCGGAGGUUCGUUAGCCACCCGCAGGCCAUUCCGCAUCUCCAGGCGUUUCAAGACUGCAUUGCAAAGCGGCUUCGAGAGUUCGAUGCCAAGCUCUCGCAGAUCGAAGCUCGCUUUGCUGCUCCCACGUCCGACGUCAUGUUCACCCUAUUGUCUGUCCACGGCGAAAUCGCGUCUUGGCUACAGCCCCUGCUUGUGCUGUCCAACAUCAUCGCCCAGAUUCAGGAAACGUCUAGGUCGGACACGUUCCGGUAUCUUGAACUCCUGUACGACGAAACCACACUGGCCCAGCUAAAGGAUGACAUGUCCACGUACGAGUUUCUGGCCCGGAUCUUUCUCGAGUGUUUUCAAGUUUACAUUCGCCCGAUUCGGCAUUGGAUGGACGAAGGGCGCAUCUCAUCAGAAAACGAAAUCUUCUUCAUCUUUGAAAGCCCGACCAAAGUGCCCAUGAGCAACAUAUGGCAGUGUCGAUUCAAGCUCCGCCAAACGGCAGAGGGCACGCUGCACGCUCCAAAGUUUCUUAAGCCUGCCGCUCAUCGGAUAUAUAACGCGGGAAAGAACAUUGUCGUGUUGCGGCUCCUGGGUAAAUACGACCCGGGUAACUCUUCCAUCGUCGAGGAGCCGUCCUUGGACUUUGAGCAUGUCUGCCCGGAGGGCCUCGGUCUGGCUACGUUCCCAGACCUCUUUGGCGCGGCUUUCAACCGAUGGAUCCAGAGCAAGUACCGAAAAACUUCUACUACCCUGAAGGAUGCGCUCUUCGAGACAUGCGAGCUCUCUUCGUCACUGGAUGCACUCCAAGCGCUGUAUCUCAUGUCGGACGGGUUUGCCACGGCAUCUUUUACGGACCACCUGUUCGACAAGCUGGAAAACCUGAACCCAGUCUGGUAUGACCGGUUUGCUCUUGCGGGAACUGCCCAAGAUGCCUUUAUGCCGCUCGUUGAUAUAAGCCGCCUAUCUGUGAGCGUCAGCGUUCAGGGCACCCGCAUGACGGUGACAGAUGCCCGAGGCUCGAUGAGAGCCGCUCUGCCGUAUCUCAAGAUCGACUACAGGCUUGCGUGGCCAGUCCAGAUUGUUGUCUCCGAAGAGAGCAUGGGCAACUAUCAAUCCAUCUUCACGCUGCUACUGCAGCUGCGACGAGCUAUUCACAUCCUCCACAAACCCAAGAUCCUCGACAACCACACGACCGAUGACGAAAACUGGGACGAGCGUGCUUUGUUCUACACCGCUCGUAGAAAUCUGCUGUGGUUUUGCACGACUCUUCAAUCAUACCUGGCAACGCUUGUUCUGGAACCCAAUGAGCGGGGAAUGCGACGUGAGCUCAUGGCGGCUGAGGAUGUUGAUUCGAUGAUUUCGGUCCACGCCACGUACCUAGAGCAAAUGAUUGAACAAGCCUGUCUCGGAAGUAAGAUGAAGCUGAUUCGGGGGCGCAUCCUCGACAUCUUGGAUCUCGCCAUUCAGCUGGAACUGGCCAGAGAGGGGAAAGCUGCAAGGGAUGGGUCUGAGCCGUCUCACUUGUUUAGGCAGGAGGAUGAAAGCAGCGAGGGCGUGGUAAGAGAGGAUGGACUCGACGCCGAGGCUUAUAUACAAGUGUUGGAAGAGAUCAAGGCCGACUUUGAUGGGCAUUUGAGCUUCAUUUGCUCGGGGCUGAAGGGUGCUGCGAGGGCCUCGAGCGAUACUCAGUCUGCGAAGUGGGACAUUUUGGCAGAUAUGCUGCAGGCGGGCCAUAGCAGAAACAGGAGAUGA